UAUUCUCUACUCCCCCCUUCCCUCGGCGCAUAUCUUUGUGCCUAAUACUAUUCGGACACUAUACUCAUAGACCACCAUCUCGUUGGAUAGGAGAGAGUGCUUCACACCAAGACUGAGCCGCUAGCGAUAGACGCAAACCCCAGAUAUUAUAGAAUCUAGAUGCGACAACGAGGACAUCAAGCAGCAGCGGCAAUGACUCCAGAAACAAAACCCCUCCUUGGGGACGAGUCUCCCAGCCCGCCAGCUAAUUUUACAUCCGCCCUCCCACUCACCACCACCACCACUACCACUACCACUACCAACAAGGCCACCCCAGCCCGCCUACCACAAGCAAUAGCCCACCGCGGCUUCAAAGCCCAAUACCCCGAAAACACCAUCCUCGCCUUCCGCGCCGCGCUUGACGAGGCGGGCGCCCACGCCCUCGAGACGGACCUGCACCUCUCGCGCGACGGCGUCGUCGUGCUCUCCCACGACGGAAACCUGAAGCGGUGUUUUGGAAUCGAGGAUACGAAAAUCAACGAGUGCGAUUGGGAUUACCUUAAAACGCUUGAGACGGUGAGGGAGCCGAGGCAGAGGAUGCCGAGGUUGGAGGAUCUGUUGGGGUUGCUUUCGGAGGUCGGGAGAGAGGGGGUUUGGGUUUUGCUUGAUAUCAAGACCGACGACCCCCCAGCAGAACUCCUCGGCCGCGUAGCCGACGUCCUAGCUUCCACGCCGGGCCCCGUACCAUGGAACGAGAGGAUAGUGUUCGGAUGCUGGAACCAACCCUACAUAACCCACGUCCGCACAAUCCUCCCAACCUACCCAAUCUCCCUCAUCUCCUGGUCCCCCCUCUACGCCCGCAACUUCCUCACGCCGAAACAGCCAAAUCUCUCCUUCAACAUGUUUCAAAAGUCCCUCGUCGGGCCCGUCGGCAAGCUGUUCAUCCGGGACGUGAAGAAACAUAACAGACAGCUGUUUGUCUGGACGGUGAAUGACGAGGAGUGGAUGGAGUGGAGUAUUCGUGCCGCUGUGGACGGAGUGAUUACGGAUGAUCCGGAGUUGUUUCGGGAGGUUUGUCGACGGUGGGAGGGGAAGGGGCGCGCUGCUUCCGCGUCUGCUUCUACGUCUGCGUCUGCGUCGGCUUCGAGAGAGCAUGGUGCGAUUGCGCUUACAGACGAGGAGGACGAAAAGGCGAGGGUCGCUAGACGGACGGGCCGGGUCCGGGACGGGACGUGGAAGAGGACUGCGAGGUUGUAUCUCGAGGUUGCGGGGAUACAGGUCCUCGUGGCUGUGUUUACGCCUAUUCUGAUGCUUGUUGCGCGGUUCGGGGUCGUGGGACCGGGGCCCAAGGCUGCCAAGGCGUUGAAGUUGUGAGAUGGAGGGAUGGUAGGUUUGAUACGAUUUGUUGUCUAUGGUGUUAAGAUUUGUUCUAGAAAUAUGAUCUAGGGGGGGGGGGGGCAGAUAGAGAUUGCGGAAGAGUAGAGAAUGGCCUAGGAGGAGUGCA